UUCAGUUCUCAUAUUGCUCACAUUCCAUACUAUGGUAGCUCUACCUCAGCUUCUUCACUAUCACCACCACCUCUUCUCCCACCAAUUCCCCAAAACCCAUUUGUAGAGACACAACCUCACUAAACGAGGCUCUACCUCUCUCACCAGGAUGUCCAUUUCAUCAGUCCGUCGCCCACUGGACAGUAAAUGUUCUCUAGCAUUUGUCGCUCCUCUCGAAGCAAUUCUAUUUGAUAUAGAUGGAACAUUGUGUGAUUCAGAUCCGCUCCAUUAUUAUGCUUUCUGUGAAAUGCUUCAAGAAGUAGGUUUUAAUGGUGGGGUUCCUAUCACUGAGGAAUUCUUCAUUGAGAAUAUCAGUGGGAUGCAUAAUGAGGAGCUCUGUGGUGUUCUCUUUCCUGAUUGGGAUCUCCAAAGAGCAAGAAAAUUUUUUGAAGAUAAGGAAGACAUGUUUCGAAGAUUGGCAUCUGAAUAGUUAGAACCUAUGAAGGGCUUACAUAAGUUGCGGGAAUGGAUUGAAAAUCAAGGCUUGAAACGGGCUGCAGUAACAAAUGCACCAAGACCAAAUGGCGAGCUAUUAGUAUCAGCACUGGACCUCCUGGGUUUCUUUGAAGUUCUUGUUAUUGCAAAUGAAUGUGAUCGAGCAAAACCAUUUCCUGACCCUUACUUGAAAGCUCUCCAAGAACUUAAUGUGUCAAAUAAGCAUGCUUUUGUCUUUG